UGGCUUAUAAUGGAGGCCUUCACAUCGUGGAGAAGAGCCCGGCUGGACUGAAAAGGGCUGGACAAACAAUAGGUUCAAUAGACAGAUAUCGCCUUGAGAUACACAGUAGUGAUUGAGCAACAUUUUUUUUUGGAAAUGUGUGUGAUAUUAACGCUCUCUUCUUCGCUCGCUCUUUCUCUCUCUCUCUCUCUCCAUCUUUCCUUCAUUUCCCUUCUCCUUCUCGUUGAUUCUUUCUUCUUUUUCUGCUUCUCACUUCCUUUUUCCGCUUCUCACUUCCCCUUUCUGCUUCUCACUUCUAAUUUUUUCUAUUUCUCUGUCCCCCCUCUAUUUUCUCUUGUGGCGACCAAGUUGUCUGGAACCGAUUUCAUAAGCAGCAAUAUACAAAUGGACAGAAUGGGACCAUUCUCAGCUGGGUUUACCAGCCACACAUCCAGCGAUAAGAGAGAAGCCGCCUUGGAGAUAGCAACAAACAUUUACAAAACAGUGACAAAUACAGACUCAGAAAACAAUGAUGCAUCACCAAAGACUACAUCAACCCCUCUUUCUUCAUCCUCUUCUACAUCUUCCUCCUCGUCAUCCCCAUCAAUGUCUCCAGGCACACCUCCAGAGUCACCGGCGGGGGACCAACCGAUAUCCCCCCAGUUAUAUAGUCCGGACGACGGAAUGAUGCAUGUCAGCCCACCUCAGAACAAACUUUCUCCGCCCUCUCUUGUCCACUCUUCUUCUCUUUCCGCCAAGAGACAGAGUAUGUUUCUUCCAGAUCAUAUUACAAUCUCACAGGAUGGUCCUGUCAUUCAGUCACCAUCGCUACAGCUAUCUGGCUCCAGCGAUGAUCAGGAAGACAUGAAAGAGGUUCAGAUCGAGACUACAAAUCCCUCGCAUCUAUUCUGGGUUCCUUUCCAUCUUCAUCCCGAGAUCGCUCCAAACGAGUAUAAUAAAUGGCUCUCAAAACAUGGGGUGAAUUCUCAGAACGCUGACGGGGUCAUGUCCCCAAGGAAAAAAUCGGUUACACGGAGAAAGUCUGUCUUGUCUGCACAAUAUAAUCCUGAAGAUGAUCAUGAGGAUCACCCUCGCAAGCCAGCAAAGAUUAUAGAAGAAAAAGAUAGCUCAGAUUUCCUGUCUGGUGUAUUUUCAGCGCCAUUAGAGCAGAUGGGUACUCCACCACUUAAGACUAAAGCUUCUUUGAGACGAAGCGUUAGUCUCUCAGUGUCUUCUCCUACAAGUAUGGGAGCAUUUUUCGGUAGAUGAAGUGGAAGAAGAUCUUAUGGCGGCCAAACGACCUGGUGGGCUUGAGCGAGGUGGACUGUCUCUUCUUCGACGAAGCGCAAGGACAAAGAUUCGCAGGAAUUCAACAGCAUCUAAUGAUGCCAGAACUGAUGUAUCACGUCUAAGAUAUAAUGUGGAUCCAGACGGCGAAUAUACACCGGUAUCAUUGGUCGAUCCUGGUCC